AGCUCUAUGAAAGGAGGAAGAAAGCUUUAGAAAGCAUGAAAUGUAUCGUGAGCUGGGAGGAACCCAUACCUCAAGGAGAUCUCGUUAACACGAAUUUGGACGGCUUAAAGACACUCGUCAAUGAGGAGGCGAUACCUCCCGACUGCUGCAAGCAAAGACGACCCCGGAUGUGGGGUGAAAUUCGGAUGAUCGUCGAAGAUGCAUAUUUUUGGGACCAAGAGGAUCUCCAGGUACUGAUAGAACCGCGAGACGAGAGCGCUAGUAGAAGAAUCCAUUUUCAUACAAUAUCCACUAACGAGGUGCAUCCAAAGGCAGCCCUACCGUGUAUAGAUAUCCACCAAGCCGACUGCUCAAUCUGGGAGCACUGCUAUAUGGUUGCUUACGAAGAUAGGGUCGCAUUAGUAUUCGGAAAAGAGAGACCACGCAAUGGUGCGGCACUUGUCUGUGGCUCUAUGGAAUCCAAAAUUCUCAUGCCGUAUAUGCUCGUGUCCGAUAUCGCAUUCUUAUCAAGAGAUGAAGCCCUGCUAUUCUUUAAUGGACAAGGGAAUCAUGGGGUAUCCAUUGCCAUCUAUUCGUUCCAGCUACAACAAAUCACCUGUGAAUGUCAACUCCCUUUCUCAAAGCUUCCAACUUCGGUACUGUUCUUGCAUCGACCAAAUUCGCAUUUUGUGGCUGAUUGUCCAUCAUCCAUCACGACAAGCCUUUUACCCGACCCGGAAGUAGAUAUCAUCGCAAUGGUUUUUAGACUCGAGGAUAGUGUAUUGUACUCUUCGUGCUGUGUCCUCUCCGUACGAUUAUUCCGCCAAAUAUGCGACUCGUUGUUGCAGAAGAUUCUGGAUCGAAAGGUGUUCAGAUGGAAGGAAUGGGGACCUAGGGUCACUCGAUGGCUCCCUUAUCAAGGUUUAGAACCAGCAGGGAAUCAAAAUAGCUUUGGGUCCAGAAUGAUUGCACGGGGUUGGCCCAUGGAUUUGCAUAGCGAGUCCUACCGUGACCAAUGUCUGCUUCUUCUAGACUUCAAUCCAAGGCCGAUCAAACUCGGUGCGACCACCUGCCUUACCAAGGAGACUCAUGUGAUUGUCGUUAAUAAAGAGACGACAUGGAAGCAUCCAUAUGAUGGAACAAUGAUCACCUCUAGUCUACCUUACCGGGCGUUCACUAGACUUUGGUAUCCUUGCGCAUGGUUUCGGUUUGAUGGUAGUACGCUUAUCAAUGGGGGAGUGAGUCCUUUAUCUCAAUACAAUAUCAUUCAACCAUACGACCUGACAUGUUUCGCGUCUCAGAGAUCGGCCUAUCAUUGUUACUCAUUCCUUCCAUUGGUCCCAAAUGCGGAAAAAGGAAGAACAGAGCUCCUUGAGUGGUUUGUCAGUUCUACCUAUAUGCGGCCGACAUUAAGCCAGAAAUGGGGAAAGAAGGGUUCAAAAAUCAAGAAUGGCGUCAGUAUCUCCAGUCGACAAUUAGUUCGUGCCUCGGUUCAGCACUCCGAUAUAAUGUUUGUGACCCUUCCACAACCAUGGAUCGACGGUCAAAGAACAAGCGAAGCUCAGCCAUAG